GACAAACUUCAUUGGCCAUUGAAGAUAUGCUUGUCGCGGCCAAGAAAGAUCUAACUACGAAAUUGACCGCUGAAAGCUUGGAGCUGCUACUGCUGAAUAAAUGGCUUAAGGAGAAGAGAAAACCUACGACCGACAUCAACUGGGCAUUAGCGGGUGACUCUGGCGAGAUCUUGGAAAAAUACACGAGAUAUUUCAAGAAGAAGUGGUCAAAUGAAGCUGCGCGAUGA